AUGGUUUUUUUGGGACAAAUCAGAGGAAGCGAUGCAUUCAUUGAAGAAGAAAAUAAAACGAUAUCUGUAUUUAAAGGAAUUCCGUUCGCAAGACCUCCCAUAGGAGACCUCAGAUUCAAGACAGCACUUCCCGCUCAACCGUGGAGUGGUGUUUGGGACGCAACAAAUGCUCGUUCUUCAUGUAUGCAACCCGAAGCCGAUAACAUUAACGAAGAUUGUUUAUUUCUCAAUGUCUACGUUCCGCACAAUCAGUACAAUAAUGACACCAAAUAUAUGAAGAAAAGUGUCAUGUUUUGGAUAUAUGGCGGAAGUUUUAUAACUGGAUCCAUAUUUAGCGAUCAAUUUAAUGCCACAUAUCUGUCGGCUGUGGGCGACGUUAUUGUGGUUGAAGCCAAUUACAGACUUUCAGCGUUUGGUUUCCUAUACGAUGGCAGCGAAGAGGCGGCUGGAAAUCAGGCCUUCACUGACUUAAUAACUGCAUUAAAAUUUGUUGAGCAAAAUAUUGAAUUUUUUGGCGGAGAUCCCGAUUCUGUUACAAUAUUUGGAGAAAGCGCCGGAAGUAUGACUGUAUCGGCACUCAUACUAAUGAAGGAUCAAAAUCUAUUUUCAAGAGCUAUAAUGCAAAGCGGAUCCGUCGACUCAUAUCUUGGAAGUGAGACCAAAGAAUUGGCGUUAAUUAAAGCACAAGAAUUAGCCAAACAAUUGAAUUGUUUCGAUAUUUUAAACGAUAAAAUCAAUAUUUCAUGUCUUAGAGCCGCUGAUCCAAAACAAAUGACCACUAUUUGCAAUAAUAUGAGAUUUAAUAAUCAAUUCUUUACACCAAUAUUUGGCGAUAAAUUAUUGCCAAUUAAACCGUCGAUAGCUCUAGAAAAAGGAGAAUUCAGGAAAAACAUUAGUCUACUGUUUGGUACGUGUAAUGACGAGGGAUCGGGAUUUGUAUCAAACUUGGGAUUUAGUGAAUUGAGUGCCAGCAGUCCCGACGAUUCUCUUAAUCUCUCGAAAGCAAGACUUCUCAUACAAUUGAUAUUUCAAGUGAUGAAAGUCUCUUACGCUAAAGAUAUCGUCGAUUUUUAUACAAAACAUUUGACGGAUGCGGACGGAGUGAAACUUAAGCACGCGGUGGCCAACGCUUUCGGUGACUAUCACUUGACGUGUCCGACAAUCAAAUUUGGAUCCAAAUUGUCGACUAAUAGCAGAGCAUAUGCUUAUAAAUUAACAUUUACUACAAGAGAUAACUGGACGGGUGUUCAACACGGAGAUGAUAUUAGGUAUGUGUUUGGAGAUUCACUCCGACAGCCGUCAGCCUAUAGUUUAAACGAGAGACACUUAGCGAAGACAUUCAUUCAAAAAACCGCCACAAGUUUCAGACGUUGAAUGGCCAGAAGCUAUCGAUACAAGAAUAACGAAUCCUUCGGUUAGAUAUUUGGAGUUAAAUCCCAAAAACUACAGAAUUAUUGAAAACGAAUAUAAAAAUUCUUGUGACGGCUUUUGGAGAUCACAUGACUUGAAAUAUUGAG